CUGGCAAUCAAGGAAGGAAGACUGGGAGAGGAAAAAUGGAAAGGAAAUAUGAGGAAAGAGCAGAAGAGGAGGAGAGCGUAGUGGGAAGAGAGAGAAGGCUGUAUGAAGCAUCAAUAACCGGAAGUGUGAAUUCCUUGAAGCAGUUGAUGGCAAAAGACCCACUCACUCUUGCUCGAGCUGCAGUCACAUGCUUUAAUGAGACUCCACUCCACGUAGCCGCCAUGCUCGGUCACCUCGACUUCGCAAGCUAUCUUCUUACUCACAAACCAGACAUGACCAUGGCACUGGAUUUGCGGGGGCGUUCGCCUCUACACUUGGCUUCUGCCAAUGGCUAUGUUGAGAUGGUCAACAUACUGCUGUCCGCCAAUCCUGACGCUUGUCUCAUCCGUGAUGAGGAUGGAAGAACGCCCCUCCAUCUGGCGGUAAUGAAAGGCGAAGUUGAGGUCACAAGGAUGCUGGUUGGGGCCCGACCACAAGUGACUCGGUACAAAUUGGAUCAAGGCGAGACCAUUCUGCAUUCCGCUGUGAAACAAAACCGUUUAGGAGCGCUGAAGCUGUUAGUUGAAUUGGCAGGAGAGGACGUGGAGUUUGUGAAUUCCAAAGAUGAUUAUGGCAACACCGUUUUACAUACCGCUGCAGCCUUGAAACAGUAUGAGAUAGCAAAAUAUCUGGUGGAGAGACCUAAAAUGGAAGUAAAUGCAGUGAAUGGAAAUGGCUUCACAGCCUUAGAUAUCAUACAACAUAUGCCGAGAGACUUGAAAGGUAUGGAGAUCCGAGAAUCUCUAGCUAAAGCUGGAGCUUUAAGUUCCAGAAACUUGCCUGCGUUACUAGGCAUAGGUCACGAAUUCAUGGGAGAAAGUGGCAUAACCAUGGUGAUUGAGAACCCCCAAACACCACCACCACCAGUAGCUGCAGUUCUCACAGAAGCAAAAGCGCCGAGACCCUUGCAAGGCCGUGAGAUGACAAUACGUGAAAAUAAGAAAGAAUGGACGAUGAAGAAACGUGACGCCUUGAUGGUAGCUGCAACGUUGAUUGCAGGAAUGGCUUUCCAAGCUGCAGUUAAUCCUCCCGGUGGUGUUUGGGGUGAAGAAAAAGUCACCGGUAAUGGUAAGAAGAUGUUAGCUGGAACCUCCGUAAUGGCCCACAACUAUCCUGAAGGGUACCGACUGUUCAUGACAUGCAACGCGGUGUCCUUCGUUGCUUCACUAAGCAUAGUCUUUCUGGUUGUGAGUGGGGUACCUUUCGUGAAGAGAGGGAUCUUGAUGUGGCUUCUAAUGAUUAUCAUGUGGAUAACAUUAACAUUCAUGGCUCUCACCUACGUGUUUUCUAUACUGGCCAUUGCACCCAUAAAUGAUGACACCGAAGCCAUGUCACCAACAAUAGCCAUGUCACCCACAAAUAAUGACAGCGAAGCCAUGUCACUGAGACACAAGGUGCCUCGUAUCACUUCCGUGGUUCGGGUUUCAUUGGAGGUGUGGUUAGUUCUGCUUGCCUUUGUUGCGUUGGUUCACAUUAUCCGCUUCCUCAUAUGGUGCGUGCGGAAAGUAGUACGGUGUGUGCGGAAAGUGGGAAAAGCUAUCAUAUAUUGCUUCAGGAUCAGGUAAGCGGCAAGCAAUUGUUGUGAAUAAGGGACCCAUUAUUUACCGGUUUGUGUGUUGUUUCGUGUCCGAGUGUCCUGUCCCCUAUACACUGUGUGAUGUCUCUUAAUUAUUGUUUGAAGGAUAUUUAGAUUUUCUAAGCAGAGAGAGGACCCAAAAAAAAAAAUUAUAUUCCUCCCAACAAAUAAUUUGUAUGAAAGAUUAA